CAGGCAGAACUUUUAUUUUUGUGGUGAUUGCUCUAGCGGUUCAUCGUACAUAAUUUUCUUAUAAAAGAAUAAAUCUCAUAACAAGUUACAGUCCUAACAGUAACAUUCAAGUCUAAAUACCCAACAAAACAAAAUAAAGCGGGUUUAUGUAACAUAUUCUAUGUGUAAUCGUUACGUGUAAGACGUUUCGUAUGAGUAAACAAAUAACAGAACUCCCGCGGAGUUAUGUCUCACUGCGGUUUGCUUAGACAUCACGUUAUUUAAAAUAUGAGUCAUUGGUGUUGUGCACGGCUCAAUAUCGGUUAGUAAUAUCGUGUCAGGGUCACGGAGACUACGUGUGGAGCAUCCUCAGUUCUCUGCGCGAUGCGGGGUGCUCAUUAUCCGUGAUAUCGUGAACUGUGUUUUACUGUUUAUCAACAAACAUCAUUGAGAGUAGUCCUCGUCGUGGUCACUUCAAAUAAUCUCUCAUCAUGGCGUACCCGAACCAGUUGCCGCCGCCUCCGCCGCAGACCAUGGGCUCCACCAACACAGUGUUCAUCACGGAAACACGCUUCGACCCCUCGUACCUGAAGACUGUCCCCGGGAUUCUGAAGGCUAUUGUUAUUCUUUUCAACCUAAUCGGGUUUAUCUGCAUCCAAUCCUCCGCGUUCUGGUCAAACGGCCGAGGGGUGUACUUCAACAUAGUGGCGCACCUAGGCCUCUGGUUCUCCGGCAUCCUGCUGGUGCUGUACCUGUUCCACGUAGUGGAGAAGUACCACAACAUCAAGUGGCUGAAGAUCGAGAUGGUGGCGUAUAUUGUGAUGGUGUUCCUGUAUCUCAUCGCGUCUACGAUCGUCGUGGCGUUUGGCGCCGCUGCCUAUUCCGCUGCUGGGUUCUUCGGCUACCUAGCAAUGGUGCUAUACGGAGGAGACGCCUUCCUCAAAUACCAGGCCUUGAAAGCCGGGGAGUUGGCCCAGGACAGAGUGCAAGCCAAGCAGACGCACGUCACCACGCCACCAGCGCUGCCCUAACACUGAGAAGUAUGAACAGAAAGAGGUAAUCUAGAAAUGAGGUUUUGUCUUUGAAGCUGGCUGGUAAGAUGUAGGAAAAUGAAAGGAGACUGUAUAUGAAUAGUACACGAAUAUAUUGUUGUGAAGGAUUUUGAUGUAUGCAAGAUGGAUGGUGCACAGAAAUGAGAUUAUUUUAUGAUUGUACGAAAAUUACAAAAGGUUUUUUCAAAAAAUUGUUCUGAAAUCAUUGAUGAAUUGGUUUUCAGAAUAGCAAAUUAUUGCAUCUCCUGUUUAUCGAAUAUGGUCUUAUUAGCGAUAACAUUGAAAGUACCAAAAUAGAUCAUAUUUUUUUUAUUCCGUGUUAGAUAUGUCAUGAGAUCUAAACGCUGCUAACGUCUCACAGAUGUAGAAAUAAUAAAACCAGCACAUUGUUUUCUUGCAAUGCAAAGUAAACUAAAACGCCUAAGAUAUAAAGUUGAAAAUUGUACGUACUGAUUGAAAGAUGAUUGCAUCACAGUUUAUUUACAAAGACUAGUUAUAAGUAUAGUUAUUGUAUUGUAUUUAAUUCCCACCAAGUUAUGUUAGCCGCCCGGUUUCACUAAGCUCAUAAUAAUCAUGUUUUUCAGUGAAGUCUGCUAUACGUUGAUAAAGUGAGGCAGAUAAGCGUUGAUUCCCGCCCUAGUAACCCGAAUAUGUUAUGCAUUUGAGAGGAUUUGUGCAUUAUUAUUCGUUUUAUAAAUGAUAAGGGAAUUUUACAACAGUAUUUUAUUAUGACUCAUUGUUGCGCAGUAUACCUGACUAUGUCUGUUAAUUUACUUAUGAUGUUAGUAGGUAGUUAGGUAGGAACGUUGGAUUUUUGUUUAUGGGUGUCUUAAACAGGUUCUCCAGAAGGUUCUUCAAUCGAUGUCAAUUGAUAAGCUCUAUUGCCUGUACAAUAAAAUAUAAAUUCUUACAUAAGCAUAGAACAGAAGACCAAUUACCCAUUUGGUUUUCUCUGCAUGAGAUAAAUUGUACCUUAUGGUACUAGCGAUAAAGUUCAUUAUUCAAGGGCAAUCUAGAGGCGAAUAUACUAAAAAAAUAACAUUGAAAACCGGGCGAUUUUUAUGUUAGUGUUGCACAAGGGCUUCAAAUACCUCAAUGUGUACUUAUUUAUAUUUUUGUUACUUGUUUUUGAACAUUUUUAGAGUCAAUCAUUUCUUUUGAAAAUUAAUUUUUGACCGACUAAAUAGUGUUCAAAAAUAAAUCGAUAUUGUUUUAUAAUUAUUAUUAAAUACUUAAUGAUAUUAUAUACCUAACAUAUUCUUAAGCAUUUUUGUGAUAAUAUUGUAGUAAGCGCUAACUUAUUUUAAUCGUGUUUAUAAACAUAUUACUGUAAAUAGUUAUCAAACUUUUAUCUACUUUUAAGAAAUCUAUUACCAUUUUUAUUAUACCUUCUGCGCAUUUUUUCGCAUUAAAUGUUGCGACCAACUUCUUUACUUCUUCGCGCACCCUAAUUUAUAAAAAAAACUUAUUUCUUACUCCUAUCGUGAAAUAUAUUAAAUAUAUACCUAUAUAAAUAAGUAUAUAACUGUCCGUCCGCUAUUCCCACUAAAGCUUUGCUCACACUAUGUGUCAAAUGUAUCUUAACCACGUGAUUUUAAGAGUAUGCUCACUGUUGUAAAUUAUGCUCUAACACUUGUUUAUUAUAAGGCAAAAUAUAUACUUAUACAUAGCUCAUUUAUUGGUGGAAUAUUGCAAAUUAUAAUGUUUAAAAAAUAAAAGCAAAACUUCUGUGUUGCCAGAUUAAUUCUGUAGUUGGCAACAUUGUCUAAAGAACUAUUUUGUCGACCGCAAAAUACAAUAAAAAAAUGUAAUAAAGUUUUGUACUAUAUGUACCUACUUAUUAAAUGAACUGUUCCAGCUAUACUUUGUAAAAUAUUCCAUUUUGAUACCGGUAUAACCGGCUAUUGUUAAUAUUUCUAUGGUCAUUGUUGUACGAAAUAAAACAAGUAAAAUAUAAAGGAA